AUGCCUCCAAGAAAAAACGACCAAACACUUAGGGAUAUUCAAAUGGAAGAAAUGAGAAGACAAAUCCAACAGUUACAAGAAAUUGUAAAUGCACAACAAGCACAAUUGGAAGCCCAACACAUGCAAUCAGACGUUGAUGAAUCAAGUAGCGAAUCAUCAUCAUUAAGAAGUCGUCGUCCACAAAGACAAUCAUUCAGAGACAACGACAUCAAGGUAGAUAUUCCUGAUUUUGAAGGAAAACUACAUCCAGAUGAGUUCGUUGAUUGGCUCCAAACUGUUGAACGAGUCUUCGAGUAUAAAGAGAUACUUGAAGAAAAGAAAGUCAAGAUCAUUGCUGUCAAAUUAAAGAAGCAUGCUUCCAUUUGGUGGGAAAAUCUAAAAAUGAAGCGAGCCCGUGAAGGAAAAAGCAAGAUCAAGACUUGGGAGAAAAUGCGUCGAGAACUAAGCAAAAAGUUCUUGCCUUCUCACUACUACCAAGAUAGUUUUAUUCAACUACAGAACCUUCGUCAGAAAAACUUUUCUGUAGAAGAAUACACUAGAGAAUUUGAGAAGUUAAUGAUGAAGUGCGACAUUCAUGAAAGGGAGGAGCAGACAAUAGCUUGUUACCUUGGUAGAUUAAACACUGACGUUGCUCAUCCAGUUCAGCUCCAACAAUACUGGUCAUUAGACGAUGUUGUUCGUUUGGCCAUGCGAGUGGAGAAACAUUUACCCAAGAAGCAUUCUUAUAGGAAUUUUUCCUCCACUGAGAAUUCUUCUUAUCCCCGCAAAACAGACAACGAUCAGCCCAGUACUUCUACAAAACCUUCUCCUAAACCCACUACAGAAAAUAAACCCAAAGCUACCAAAACCAUCACCAUCAUCAAAGGAGAAGCUUAUGAAAAUGUUGAUGAGGAAACAAACCGAGAUGAACCAGAAAAAGAAGAAGUGUUAGAGCCAAUUUAUGAUGAAGAGCUCAUUGUUGCUGAUCAUGGCGAGUCUCUAGUGAUCAGACGAAGCCUACACACGAUGUCAGCUCAAGAAGAGUAUUGGUUGAGGAAAAACAUUUUCCAUACUCGUUGCACCACUGCUGGAAAAGUUUGUGAUGUUAUAAUAGAUAGUGGUAGUUGUGAAAAUGUGGUGUCGAACUACAUGGUAGAGAAGUUAGAGAUGCCAACACAAUGUCAUCCUCAUCCUUACAAACUACAAUGGCUCAACAAAGGUAGUGAAGUGAAGGUUACGAAGCGUUGCCUUGUGAGUUUUUCCAUUGGUCAGAAGUAUCAAGAUCAAGUUUGGUGUGAUAUCGUCCCAAUGGAUGCAUGUCAUCUUCUCCUUGGAAGACCCUGUCAAUACGAUCGUCGUGCCCAUCAUGAUUGUUAUACCAACACCUACUCCUUUGUCAAAGAUGGAGUAAAAAUCAAGUUAACUCCAUUACCACCGAGUGGACUUGAUAAAAACAAAAAUGAGUCCAAGCCAUUAGUGUCUUUAAUCACUAAGACUCGGUUCAAAGAAGCUGUGGACGAAGUCCAAACCAUGAGCUUUAUUCUAAUGUUCGAAGAAAAUGCAGAAACUGUCCUUCCAGUAGAAAUUGAACAAAUGCUCAGUGAAUUCCCAGAUGUAGUACCAGAAGACGUUCCACAAGGAUUGCCGCCGAUGCGAGACAUUCAACAUGCUAUUGACUUUAUUCCUGGAGCUGUCAUUCCUAAUAGACCAGCUUAUAGAAUGAGUCCACAAGAGCAUGCUGAAGUCACACGUCAAGUUGAAGAAUUGCUGAAAAAAGGACUAAUACAGGAAAGUGUUAGCCCUUGUGCUGUUCCUGCAAUUUUAGUACCCAAAAAGGAUGGAAGCUAG